CUUUGAAUAUGGGAUCUUGAAAUCUCAGACUUUUGGACAGCAGAUUUUGGUGAUUGGCACCAAGUCUUCUGGUAAAUCAUUCUUUCUCAAACAGCUUCAGUACUUGAUGACUCACUCUGAACGCAUAUCAACCCCAGACCUGAGUGAGUUUCCUCCAUCGACCGAGCUGUAUGACUUCCGAGAAGUAGUAGGCCGCAGAGGAGACAAACUCAGCUUCUGGGAUUUAUGAGCAAGCGAGACUAUGAGGGAAUACUGGCCACAUUUUUAUAGAGAACUCGAGUUCUCCACAGUCAUUUAUUUCUUGGAGGCUAAUAACGAAACCUACUGUGACCAGGCAAGAGCAGACCUGCUUUUCUUAACAUCUGAAGAAGAACUCAGAAAUGCUAAAUUUUCAAUUGUUGUUAUGUAUCCUUUCUACUGAAUCACCACUGAUGAAGACGAAGAUGAACUUAAGACUGUUACACAAAACCAGCGAAUUUAAAAACAUUAAAGCUCAAAUCGUUGACCAAGUCGAUCCGGAUGGACUUUUUUAUUUCCCUAAAUAACAUGUCGAUCUACCUGAUGCACUACUACAACCCGAACAUUGAUAAACUGUCUAUAAAAUCGAAUGCUGCUCGAUUCAACAACAUCGAAGCCAUUUGAGACUCAAUAUGCGAAGGAAAGCAAGAAGUCAUUUACAAAGAAUACUUUGGAGCCUAUGAGAGCGAUCCUGUUGACAAGGGAGACCUAAAGGAUAGUCAAGAAGAAGUUCAGAAUUAAUCUAG